AUGGUAGCGAAAAGCUUGGCCUUGACGGGCGUGGCAGUGGUGCUUUCGGUGGUGGGCGCGGCGCGGGCGGCUUCCUCGCCUUUUUGCGAUGAGCGCCAGACCAUCGUACACCUGUUCGAGUGGAAAUGGGCCGACGUCGCCAGCGAGUGUGAGGACAUCCUCGGGCCGGCGGGCUUCUGCGGGGUGCAGGUGUCGCCGCCGCAGGAGCACAGACUGAUGCCGGAGCAGCAGUGGCAGCAGCGGUACCAACCCGUGUCUUACCUCCUGGAUUCUCGCUCCGGGUCUCGGGCCGAGUUUGUGGAUAUGGUGGUCCGCUGCAAUGAUGCAGGAGUCAGGGUCUUCGUGGAUGCCGUCAUCAACCACAUGGCGGAGCAGCACACGGAAGGAUACGGGUCCGCCGGCAGCCAUUACGUCGCCGACAACUUCGACUUCCCGCUUUAUCACGGAGACCAGUUCUUUUCUCCCAAGUUGAACUGCCCUUCGCUCGAUGGAACUGUGAGCAAUUAUGGGAACGAAAACGAUGUGCGUGAUUGCUACCUAGAAGGGAGAAUGGACCUGUACACGGCGGAGACGAUUGUGCAGGACGUGAUUGCUGACUACCUCAACGACCUGCUAGAUACGGGCGUCGCAGGCUUCAGGAUCGACGCCGCCACUCACAUCUGGCCAGAGGAUUUGGGCUACAUUCAGGCCAAAACCAACAACCUGAGUGAGGCUGCUGGCUUCCCCAACGGCGCCAGGCCCUACUUCUAUUAUGACGUCAUCGCGCCCGGGACCGCCAUCGCUCCUGCGGACUACUUUCACCUUGGUGGCGUGACGGAGGCGCAGUAUGGCAAGAAAGCAGCAUUGGCAAUGAACGACUUCUCGCUGCUAGAGAACAUGUACGACCCUGCAUGGGAGAUGGCACCUCCCGCGAACGCCGUCGUCUUUGUGGACAGCCACCUGAGCCAGCGAGACAACUCCAUUCCCGCAGACGAACUGGUGACCUUCCGCAGUCCGCGGGAGUACCGCAUGGCCACGGCUUUCAUGCUGGCCGACGACUAUGGCCUGGCCCGAGUCAUGAGUAGUUACCAGUUCGCUUCCGACGACGAAGGGCCACCCACCGACGCCCUCAACAACACGCUCGACGUGAUCACCGACGCCAACGGUGACUGCUUGGGCGGGUGGGUGUGCGAGCACCGCUGGCCGCCCAUCAUCAACAUGGUGGAGUUCAGGAACAAAGUGGCAGGAACGAAUCGCAGUCGCUUUGAAGUCCUCCCUUCGGGUGCCGCCGUUCUGUCGCGCGGAGACCGGGGCUUCUUCGCCAUGGCUCCCAUGGGCGUCAUGGACGAACUGUUGGACACAGGCCUUCCGCCGGGUGACUACUGUGAGCUAGUGAGUGACUGCAGUGUGGAGUUCACCGUCCAUGCGAACGGGUCGGCUCAAAUCAUCAUCGCCGACUUCGAUGUGCCCUUCGUCGCCAUUUGCGUGGGCUGCGGAUCUGCUCCGGGCAUUUCUACAACCGAUGAUCUAAUAACCACAGAUGAAAUGACAACCACAGAUGGAUUCACUAUUUCAAGUGAUAUGACCACAGAUGAUAUGACAACUUAUGAAAUUAGGAAAUAACAACUGAUGCUAUUACCACAACGGAAGUAAUAACAACCACCGAUGAAAUUACCACAACUGAAGAAAUAACCACGGACGAAAUAACGACAACAGAAGAAAUCACCUCGACAGAUGAAACCACAACCACGGACGCAGCCACAACCACGGAUGAAACCACAACCACGGACGCAGCCACAACCACGGAUGAAACCACAACCACAACCCAAUCCCCGUACCAGCGAACAGUGGUCUUCAUGCACAAGAAGGUGUACGGCGACCAGUACGUGUUCCUGCGGGGCGGCCUUGACGAGGACAACAACCUCGACUGCAGCGGCCCCCCGGCGGCGACGGACGCGUGCGCGCUGCCCUUCGCCCCGCGCUCCCUCGGCGACGCCCCCCACUAUGACAAGUACAACGCCUGGCGCGACGGCGACCUCUUCCUCGACUGGUUCGGGGCCGAGCCGGGGCAGGGGAGCUACCGGGGCACCCCUGCAUCGGGCUCUCCUGCUGCCUGGACCACCAGCGAGCCCGGCGUCCGAGGAUACCAGGAGCUCAACGUGUACGGCGAGGACUACUGGAUGCUCGACAUGGACCUCGACUGCGCGCGCACGGAGAACAGUUGGUUCGAGGUGAAGGGCUGGCUCGAGUUCGCCGGCGGGUACACGGGCUGGGAGUCCAACGUGGUGCAGCAAGAGUGCUCUGGGGACGUGGGAGGCCAGCCGCCCUUCCCCUCCAUCGACCACAUGGCGCGCUGUGGCCACAUCAAUGUCUUCACCUGGAACGAGGGCGACUGCGUCAUCUCCUCCUUCCCCAGCGUUACAACGGCCACUUCGGAGGCAACCACGGCUGCCACCCCGGACACGACCCUCAGCCCUGGAGCAACUGUAACAGCCGGUUCUUCAACUGCAACUUCAGAACCUUCGACUACGACAGAAUCGCCAAUCAAGCGCACUGUCAUUUUCAUCGAGCAGCACACUGUCGAUGGGCAGAACGUGUUCCUCAGAGGAGGCCUCGGUGAACCUCUUACUCCAUCUCUCAGCUGUGGUCCUGAUGGGGAACCUGUAGAGAAUGAUCCAUGUGCCAUUCCAAUCACCACUCGCUCAUUGGGCACCAGCACACACUAUGAUGGUUACAAUGACUGGCGUUAUGGUGACAACUACUUGGACUGGCAUGGGGAUGAGCCAAGUCAAGGUUACCAUAAUGGCAUGCCUGCUGCAGGAACACCUUCUGCCUGGACAUCCAGUGACAACAACCAUCCUGGGUAUCAAGACCUUAAUAUAUUUGGGGAAGCCUACUGGAUGGUGGACCUUGAGCUUGACUGUUCAUCGAUCCAUGAUGGAUGGUUUGAGUUCAAAGGUUUCCUGACUGGUGAUGCAGGGCAGUUUUCUGGCUGGGAGAAUGAUAUUCACCAGGAAGCAUGCUUAGGUCCAGCAGGAGACAGCCCAUCCUUUUUGUCUAGUAACCAUAUUGCCAAGUGUGGAUUUGUCAAUGUUUUCCAUUAUGACAAAAAUAAUUGUGCUAUUUAUGGCUUUGAUGAUAUCUUUAAAUAGACACAAUAUAUGUACCUGCAUGCUGUAUAACACCUAACAAAGGAAAAUUACA